AUGGACGACCCUCUACAGAGCCAGAUCUACUUGGACUUCAUCGGGAGAAUUUUGAGUCGCAAGACCGAGAUCCCAGUUAUGCUGCACCGUCUUCUAGAUAGCAGUGCCAAGGAAGGAUACAGACCAGACAAGCUCAAAGGAGACAUUAAAUUCAAAAACAUCCAUUUCUGUUACCCAUCUAGACCUGAUGUUAAAAUUCUCAAGGGCCUGAACCUGAAAGUUCAAUCGGGGAAGACCAUUGCUCUGGUUGGCUCCAGUGGCUGUGGCAAAAGUACUGCUAUUCAGCUGCUACAGAGAUUCUAUGAUCCAGUCCAAGGAGAGAUUACCUUAGAUGGACGAGAUAUUCGGACACUUAAUAUAAAGUGGCUAAGAGAACAUAUUGGCCUUGUAAGCCAGGAGCCUAUUUUGUUUGCUACAACAAUAGCUGAGAACAUUUGCUGUGGCAGAGAGGGUAUUACUGAUUAUGAAAUUGAGAAAGCAGCUAAAGAAGCCAAUGCUUUUGAUUUUAUAUCCAGACUGCCUGAUAAAUUUAACACCAUGGUGGGGGAAAGGGGAGCUCAGUUGAGCGGAGGGCAGAAACAGCGAAUUGCUAUUGCCCGUGCCCUGGCAAGGAAUCCCAGGAUUCUGCUGCUGGAUGAAGCCACGUCUGCUCUGGACACUCAGAGUGAAUCUAUUGUGCAAGCAGCUCUUGAUAAGGCUAGGGCUGGACGUACUACCAUUGUGAUAGCUCACCGGCUCUCCACAAUCCGGACAGCUGACAUUAUUGCUGGAUUUCACAACGGUGUUGUUGUUGAACAGGGAACACACAAUGAACUCAUGACACAGAAGGGUGUCUACUAUUCUCUUGUGAUGCAGCAGGGUCAUGGUGGAAACACUCAAAAUGGGAUGUCAGAAGAUGAAGACUAUGAGGAAGAGGAUCUAGAUGAUCUCAGGAUGGAGAACCUAACUGAUGGUGGUGGUUUUGAAGAACCAGGAAUCAUUGAGAUGGGAAGCAUUCCUAAGGGAUCCAGAAGGCAUAAAAGCAGAAAGACCUCUUCUAAGAAAAAGUCAUCUGAAAAGAAGAAGAAAACAAAGGAGAAAGAGGAGGAAAAUCUCCCGGCUGUGCCUUAUUCCAGAAUUCUGGCUCUGAACAAACCUGAGUGGCUGCAUAUAUUCUUUGGCGUGAUUGCUGCUGCCUUCUCUGGUGGCAUCCACCCUGCAUUUUCUGUUCUAUAUGGAAAAAUCAUUGGGGCUUUUCAAGAAACAGAUCCUGAAAAAAGGAGCAAAACCACCACAUUGCUUUCUCUAAUGUGUCUUGUACUGGGAGUGCUCAGCUUAGUAACACACAUAAUCCAGGGAUUCAUGUUUGGAAAGUCUGGAGAAGUUCUGACCAAGAGAUUGCGAUCUUUGUCAUUCAAAGCAUUGCUUCAACAGGAGAUUGGGUGGUACGACGAUCCUAAAAAUGCCAUAGGGGUUUUGUUAACCAGACUAGCUACAGAUGCUUCACAAGUCAAAGGGGCUACUGGAAGCCGACUUGGCUUGUUCACUAAGACUGCCGCUACCCUUCUGACCGCCAUCAUUAUUGCUUUUGUAUAUGACUGGCGAUUAACUUUGCUUAUCCUGGCCUGCAUUCCUUUCCUUAUUGCUGCAAGUGCUAUUCAACUGAGCUCUGUGGCUGGUCAGGCAUCAAAAGAUCAAAAAGCUUUGGAAGAGGCCGGACGAAUUUCAACAGAAGCAGUUGAAAAUAUAAGAACUGUGGCUUCAUUAACUAGUGAAGAUGCAUUCUAUGAGAGAUAUAAUGCAAGUUUGAAUGGUCCAUACAGGGACUCUCUAACAAAAGCCCCCCUGUAUGGACUUACCUAUGGAAUAGCCCAAUGUGCAAACUACUUUCUUGAGGCAGCAAUCUUCAGAUUCGGGGCAUGGCUCAUUGCUAAUUGUUAUACAAACUUUGAAAAUGUAUUUAUAGCCUUUUUUUCAGUUCUAUUUGGUGCUAUGAAUGUUGGGCAGUCCGCUUCUUUGGCACCAGAUUUUGGCAAAGCUAAAGUUUCUGCCCAACGAAUCUUUCAGCUUUUGGAUCGGAAACCCUUAAUUGACAGCUAUAGUGAAGAGGGUACAAAACUGAGUCAGUUUGAUGGUAACAUUGAAUUCAGGGACAUCCAUUUUGUAUACCCUACAAGACCAGAAGCUCAAGUUUUGCAAGGACUCAGCGUGAAGGUUAAUAAAGGACAGACACUAGCCUUGGUGGGGAGCAGUGGUUGUGGCAAAAGCACAUCCAUUCAGCUGCUGGAGAGAUUUUAUGACCCUAUGGCAGGACAAGUGUUUGCAGAUGGGUUCGAUACCAAGUCUUUGCAUUUGCAAUGGUUAAGGUCCAAAUUGGGUAUUGUGUCACAGGAGCCUAUUUUGUUUGACUGCAGCAUUGCUGAAAAUAUCCAGUACGGAGACGACAGUAGGGUUGUCAGUCAGGAGGAAGUUGAAGAGGCAGCUAAAGCAGCAAAUAUUCACACCUUCAUAGAAAAUCUCCCAGAGAAGUAUACUACCCGAGUGGGUGAAAAAGGAGCACAACUUUCUGGAGGUCAGAAACAAAGAAUAGCAAUUGCUCGUGCUCUAGUUCGUAAGCCAGCAGUUCUGCUUCUGGAUGAAGCCACAUCUGCUCUUGACAUGGAAAGUGAAAAGAUUGUCCAGAAAGCCUUGGACGAUGCCAGGAAGGGUCGAACCUGCAUUAUUAUUGCUCACCGCUUGACGACCGUCCAGAACGCUGAUGUCAUAGCAGUGAUUCAUAAUGGAAAAGUAGUGGAACAAGGGACUCACAGCCAGCUGCUGGCAAAGGAAGGACAUUACUAUGCACUUGUAAAUGCACAAGUUUCUCAUUAA